UUAGGUUAACGUGAAUUUGCGGUCAGAUAAAUUUCGUUCACAAGUUGAAUGAGUUAUUAAAUUAAAAACUAUCAGUUCGUGAUGGCAGCUCUUAAGUACGCAGGAAUGGAUGAUACAGACAGUGAAGACGAGCUUCCGCCCGGCUGGGAGGAGAGAUCCACUAAAGAUGGAUGGGUUUAUUAUGCCAACCACGAGGAAAUGAAGACCCAGUGGGAACAUCCCAAAACUGGGAAGAAGAAACGCUGUGCUGGAGCUUUGCCCUAUGGAUGGGAGCAGGAAACAGAUGACAAGGGUGAAAUCUUCUAUGUCAAUCACAUCAACAAACGCAUGACGUAUUUUGACCCUCGGCAGGCGUUCACAAUAGAAGACAUGCAGGUGAAGCCCAAACGCUACGACGGCAACACCGCUGCUCUGGAGAUACUGCAGGGUCAUGACCUCUCCGACAAGGUCAUAGUCAUCACAGGAGCCAACUCUGGGAUUGUUCAUCACUUCUUAUGGACGAGGCUGGUAAACCUGGGAAUACAGGCACUGACGGCGAUGUUGUUCGCUAAAGGUUUUGAGACCACCCGAUCAUUUGCUCUUCACGGCGCCCAUGUGAUCUUAGCCUGCCGUAACAAAAGUCGUGCCAGUAAAGCAGCGAGUCGGAUAUCACAAGAGUGGCGCAAAGCGCGUGUUGAAGCCAUGACCCUGGAUUUGGCCUCAUUGAGUAGUGUCCGAGAGUUUGCGGAGGCCUUCAAAGCCAGAAAACUACCGUUGCACAUUCUGGUGUGUAAUGCAGCAGUCUGCACACAACCCUGGACGCUGACAGAGGACGGGCUGGAAUCCACCUUUCAGAUCUGUCAUCUGGGUCACUUCCACCUGGUUCAGCUACUGCAGGACGUCCUGUUGCGCUCCGCUCCUGCUCGAGCCGUGGUUGUCUCAUCAGAGUCUCACAGGUUCACAGAUCUGGUGGACUCUUGUGGGAAGGUGGAUCUGAAUCUUCUCUCACCGCCUCAGAAGGAGUACUGGUCCAUGCUGGCCUACAAUCGCGCCAAACUCUGCAACAUCCUCUUCUCCAACGAGCUGCACCGCCGCAUGUCACCCCACGGCGUCACCUGUAACGCAGUACACCCCGGAAAUAUGAUGUAUACCUCUAUCCACCGCAGCUGGUGGCUCAUGACCCUGCUCUUCACCUUUGCACAACCCUUCACCAAAUCCAUGCAACAGGGAGCAGCCACUACGGUCUACUGUGCCGUGGCUCCAGAGUUGGAGGGUCACGGAGGGAUGUACUACAACAACUGCUUCCGCUGCCUGCCCUCUCUGCAAGCCCAGGACCCAACAGCUGCCCUCAGUCUUUGGGAACUCAGCGAGCAGCUCAUCCAGGCGAGAUCAAAUCCACCUCAGGCGCUUUGACCCCAUC